CCGUGAAAUUGGGCCCCGUUGAAGUCGAGAAAAAUAUUUUCGCGUUCUACGGUUGAAACCGUGUUUGUGGCCAACUUCUGUUCCGGGUAACAGAGCCAGCACAAUGUCUGCGAAAAGCAAGAAAGGAACUGAUAACGCACCAGGCAAGGAGGAAGAGGUGGUCAAGAUCAACAAAUGGGACGGUACCGCCGUGAAGCACGCGCUGGAUGACUCGGUAAAAAAUGCGCUAAUGAACCACAGCGACAUGAAGGAACACUUUGCCAUCAUCGACGGCCGGUUGAUUAUCUGCACGCUGGCGGUCCUGAUCGCGCUGGUCGCCCUCGGCUACGACUAUCAGUAUUCAUUCCCAGCCUCGAAGCCCGUUCUGAUCAUUUGCGUGUGCUGUUACUUCUUCCUGAUGGGCGUGCUGACCGUCUACACGACCUACGUCGAGAAGGGCAUCUUCGUGGUGGCCAACCAGAAGAACGGGACCGGGAGCGCGAAACGAUGGCAAGCCAGUUCCGAUAUGAAGAAGUACGACGACAAGUACGAGCUGACCGUGCAGCUGAAGGACAGCCGCGGCAUACGGGAGGCGACGGUCACGAAGUCGGUGGCAAACUUUAUCGACGCCAAUGGUGUCGUGUUGGACGAUCUGGUGGCCAGCGAAGUGAACCGAAUUGUGAACUCGUUGAACGCGGAUCGUAAAGACAAGUAGGCAAGGAAGGUGCGCACUUGCGGGGGGAAAGAUGUCUCAUCGUUUCUCGGAUGGUCGGAAUAAAUGUAA